CCCACUUCACGGCACCGCAAAUUUUCUGCUCUUGACUUGUUCAGUGUCCCUAAUUCCUUCCUUCCGCAUCCACAACCGGAAACAACAUGACGGACAAAAUUACUCGUAUUGCGAUUGUUGACUCUAAUCGAUGUAAACCUAAGAGGUGUGCUCAAGAAUGUAAAAAAUCAUGCCCUGUCGUGAGGAUGGGAAAGUUGUGUAUAGAAGUCAAACCUACAGACAAGAUCGCUUUCAUAUCUGAGGUUCUGUGUAUUGGUUGUGGUAUCUGUGUUAAAAAGUGUCCAUUUGAAGCUAUCGCCAUUAUCAACUUGCCAACAAAUCUAGAGACGCAAGUCACCCAUCGUUAUACUGCUAAUUCCUUUAAACUCCAUCGUUUACCGACACCGAGACCUGGACAAGUUCUGGGACUUGUAGGAACCAACGGUAUUGGGAAGAGUACCGCUUUAAAAAUUCUUGCCGGAAAAUUGAAGCCUAAUCUCGGGCGUUAUGAUGAUCCACCUGACUGGCAGGAAAUUUUGAAGUACUUCCGUGGUUCCGAACUUCAAAACUACUUCACAAAAGUUCUUGAGGACAAUUUAAAAGCCCUCAUCAAGCCCCAAUAUGUCGACCACAUCCCUCGCGCCAUCAAAGGAGAAAUGAUGGUUUCACAGAUGUUAGACUCAAAACUAGAGCUUGAUAACAAGCAGAAGCUGUGCGAUGAAUUGGAACUGAACAAUGUUCUGACGCGAGAUGUGUCGCAGUUAUCUGGUGGGGAAUUGCAACGGUUUGCCAUCGCGAUGACCUGCAUCCAGAAAGCCGAUGUUUAUAUGUUUGACGAGCCUUCCAGUUAUUUGGACAUCAAACAGCGACUGAAAGCAGCCGAGGUUAUUCGCUCCCUCCUCAAUCCCGACUGCUACGUGGUCGCUGUUGAACACGAUUUGUCCGUUCUGGAUUAUCUUUCGGAUUUUAUAUGUUGUCUGUACGGCAAGCCCUCCAUGUACGGAGUAGUGACCAUGCCUGCAUCGGUCAGAGAAGGUAUUAAUAUCUUUUUGGACGGUUUCAUUCCGACCGAGAACUUGCGUUUCCGUGAAGAAUCUCUUUCAUUCAAGAUGGCCGAAACUGCAGAGGAAGCUGUUGCGGACGUUACUCGUCAUUAUUCUUACCCAGCCAUGACGAAGACGCUUGGUGGGUUCAAACUUACGGUGGAGGAAGGAAGCUUCACCGACUCUGAGAUUAUUGUCAUGUUGGGCGAGAAUGGUACCGGAAAGACGACCUUUAUCCGACUUCUUGCUGGUGAAGCUCCCGAUCUUGAAGCGGACAGGCAAACCUUAUCUGUCUCGCUGAAACCUCAGACAAUCUCGCCCAAAUUCCCAGGCACUGUUCGGAUGUUGUUAUUGAAGAGGAUCAGGCAGGCAUUCAUGCACCCGCAGUUCCAAGGAGACGUGCUGAAGCCGAUGAAUCUCGACGCCAUCAUGGACCAAGAAGUGAAGACCUUGUCUGGAGGAGAAUUGCAACGAGUUGCUAUCACCCUAGCAUUGGGCAUGCCGAAUGUCUCUAUCUACUUGCUUGAUGAGCCCAGCAGUUUCCUUGACUCCGAGCAACGUAUUAUCGCCAGUAAAGUCAUCAAAAGAUUUAUUCUACACGCAAAGAAGACUGCGUUUGUCAUCGAACACGACUUCAUUAUGGCUACCUAUCUUGCUGAUCGGGUCAUCGUAUUCGAGGGCAUGCCUGCGAUAGCGGCCACAGCUACCCCACCUCAAGGUUUACUCACGGGCAUGAACCGAUUCUUGGCUUCACUCGAAAUCACAUUCAGACGUGAUCCGACGAACUUCCGGCCUCGGGUGAACAAGUUGAAUAGUGUGAAGGAUAAAGAACAGAAGGGUGAGGUUUCGUACCUAUUCAGAGCCGAUGCUUGUUAAACUUCAUUUUCUACAUCAGUGGCGGGAAAUUAUUUCUUCCUUGAAGAUUGAGGUUCCCAAGGGUUAUCCCCGUGACAUUUGGUUGUUGAGGGAGGCAGAGGACAGGAAGGUGAUUGCAUGGCAGGUCACGGUGGAGAGGUUACGCGGAUGGACAUGCAAACAGGGAAAUGUGAGAAAUACGAGGACAUUUAGCAGUGCAGAAGGUCAGGCCGGCUCCGGUACAACCGUUGGUUUCAGGAAGCCUGUAAAUCGAGAAAGAGAAUCAGCGUCGCGUACUUCAGUUCUGCUUCCUGGAGCGUAGACCUCGCCUCGACUUGUGCUACCUUCCAUAUUAUCGUUUCACCGCCAGUAACACCUAGCCCUACCUUAUAUUGUGCAGCGGGCAUUCGUGUUCGGCCAUAUAUAGGUGUAUUUGGCCCAAAUACAAGCCGCCGAUCCCACGCUUCCAAUCCCUGUCAGGGCCAAAGGUUUUCCUGAUGACUCCUGCCAUCUGCAUCAGCCUUUGGUAGGUAAGAUAUGUCAUUCCAACACGGAAGGAACAAGGAGCGCCAGUAUUCAUUUCCAUUCGGAAACAAUGUUCUUCAAGUCAUUCUAAGUACCUUCCACUCUCAUACCAAAUUUGAUUAACAGGGUCAUAGGAUUAUGGCGGACAUAUUGUGGGAACCAUGUUAGGCAGCCACCCAAGCGCUUUAAGUCAGCAAUAAUGUCGGAUGGCCUACGAAGACCCGGAAGGAUGGACGG